GAGACCUCCGUUCCCAUUGGUGGCCGAGCCCACGUUUUCCCGUGCUUUAGGGACGCUGGGGACCGGAAGGGCGUCGUGUUUACGUGCACUGAUUGGCUGAGAGAGAAACGUUCUGGGCGCUGAUUGGCUCCGUCUUUCGCGGGAAGUAGUUUGUGGGGCCCGCGAAAAGUCCGGAGCGCGGCGGCAGCGACCCGGUUUGGAGGUACUGCGCGAACCCACGGGAGCGGCACCUUCCGGACGUUUUCCACCAGGGAGUCGUGGCGGAGAUGUGGAACAGUGGAUUUGAAAGCUACGGCAGCUCCUAUGGGGGAGGUGGCGGCUUCACACAGUCCACUGGGGGCUUCGGAUCGCCCACGUCCACCCAGCCCGAGAAGAAAUCGAGAUCCCGAACACACCACAUUGUACCCUGUACCAUCUCUCAGCUCCUCUCUGCUACUACGAUGGAUGAUGCAUUCAAAAUUGGCCAUGUUGAGAUUUCACAGGUCUCUGUUGUGGGGAUAAUCAGACAUGCAGAGAAAGCUCCAACAAACAUCGUGUACAAAAUAGAUGACAUGACAGCUGCACCCAUGGAUGUUCGCCAGUGGGUUGACACAGAUGACCCUAGUGGGGAAAACACGGUGGUUCCUCCAGAAACAUACGUGAAAGUGGCCGGUCAUCUGAGAGCGUUCCAGAACAAAAAAAGCCUCGUUGCCUUUAAGGUCAUCCCCCUGGAGGAUAUGAAUGAAUUCACCGCACAUAUUCUGGAAGUGGUCAAUGCACACAUGAUUCUGAACAAGGCUUACAGCCAGCCCUCAGGAGGGAGAGCACCUAUCAGCUAUCCAGGAAUGACAGGAAUGAGUGAAGCCGGGAACUUCGGUGGAAAUAGCUUCAUGCCAAUAAAUGGCCUCACAGCUAUCCAAAACCAGGUGCUCAAUUUGAUUAAGGCUUGCCCAAGACCUGAAGGCCUGAACUUUCAGGAUCUGAAGAGCCAGCUCCAACACAUGAGUGUAAACGCAGUCAAGCAAGCAGUGGAUUUUCUAAGCAACGAGGGACACAUCUAUUCCACUGUGGAUGACGAUCAUUUUAAAUCCACGGAUGCAGAAUAACUGAAUCUAACUGGAUGCCUGAGAUUUUUUUCUGGCUGGACAUAUUUUCACAACCUUUUGUUUCCAGCUACGCUAUGUUUGGCCAGUUUACUUCUAGGAAGUAGGUGCCAGUUGACAAUUAAGGUCCCUUUUGACAAUUCCUUCUCUUCUGUUUUUUGAAGUUCAAAGGGAGAUGAGCAACUGACAGGAAUGAAACCGGGGCAGACUUCCUCAAGGAAGUUGCUGAUUAGCUGCUUACCACGGCAAGACAGGUGGAAUUGGAAGAAGGCUGCUCCUCAGAGACAUUGGAACUGAAAUGAGACAUUGGAACUGAAAUGAUUCUCAGGAGUUUUGUUCCCAUUUCCUGCUGGAGCAGAUGAGCAGGACUGGAGCUGGCCGGGAACCCCAGUAAGCUCUGGCAGUUGUUCCCCAUUUGGGUUCUGUGGUUCUUUGAGAUGGCACUUCUCACCCUCAUGUUAGGAUUGCUGCCCUGUGUUUCCAUAAACAGGACCUGAGGGGGUUGAGGCGGUCCACUGG